GUUCCGAUUCCAAGCGUGAUAUGUUCUCUCUCUCCAUUUUAAUUUUAAUUUUAAUUUUUUUGUUGUUUCCAUCAUCUCUCUAGACUUCUCAGAAGACGUCGGAGAUUCGAUUCAAUCGCCGAUCUUUUCCCCUUCUCCUCGGGAAUCACACUUCCUCUUCCUCAACAUCAUGUUCCAGAUUUUCAAGGUACCACCAACACCACCCAUUUUUUUCUUUUUUUCCUGUAAUUAAUUUGAAUUAAUAUGUAAUUGUUGGAUGAAAGUCUCGGAUCCGCUAACGUUAGGAAUCAUCGUGAGUAUAUACUUUUUGGGAAGCUCAAAACAAAGUCACAAGAGGUUAUGUUCAAAGUAGAUAAUAUCAUAUCAGUGCCAAGAGUCGGGUUUUUGGGUUGAAGUGUAGUAAUGGAAGGGGAGACGGUGUCGUCAGGAGGAGGCGUGGGAAAUGGAAGCCAAAUUGAGGGGAAAAUGGUGCAGACAUUUCAGAAGAACUUCGUUCAAGUUCAGGCCAUUUUGGACCAAAACAGAGUGCUAAUCAACGAAAUUAACCAAAAUCAGGAGUCCAAAAUGCCUCAUAAUCUCACCAGAAACGUGGGUUUGAUUCGCGAGCUCAACAACAACAUAAGGAGAGUCGUGGAUUUAUACGCACAUCUCUCCACUUCCUUCACCAAAUCCAUGGAGCUUGCGUCGGAAGGAGACUCCUCCUCCUCCGCCGCCGCCGCCGCCGCCAAGCCUGGCCACAAGCGCAACCGUCCUCCGCCGUAGCAGCCAUGAUAAUAGUCUCAAUUCUUUGGUUACAACAAUAAUUUCGGACAAGUGUAGGAUGUAAUUUGAAGUUAGAUUUUGGAUUUUUGUUGGUGUGAGUGAGAGGUGAUCUGUUUUUUGUUUUUCAUUCUAUUUUUGAAAUGAAUUUGUGUGGAGGAAGGGCAUGAAUUUGGUACUCCUUUGGGUGCUCUUUCAUGAACACAAACCUCCUUUUGGGUGCUCUCCUAUCAACAAAAUACAAAAUUAAUUAAA